GUGGAGAGAACACUCCACAUCAGCCCUGCUCUGACUCUGUCACCGCCUCUCUAAGUCUGACUGCAGGAAAACUCGGACCUUUAUACCGAGGCUAAAUUUAGGGGGCUGGCCGGUGCGCAGCGUCCCCAUCCUGGACGCGUUUCCUUCCCCCAGCGUCGCGCUGGUCUGAUUUGUGCUGCGAACAAUAUUUAUAAGAACAGCUUCUCCUUCGGGCGCACAGCUCCACAUGAGUGAGGAGCAGCAGCUCAGCGGACCGCAGGAACAGCAGCGCGCUCCGUAGCUUUCUCUGGACACUGAUUUGUUUUCAAACGGAGAAAGUCUUCUUUCUCAGUAUUUCGGGAGGUAUUUCUACUUUUUUUAAAAAAUUAACGCUUGGAAAUGGCUCUGAGCGGGACAAUUUUACCCUCAAUCUCUACAUUUGCCAGCCAGAAAGAGAGAUGUUGGGAAGAUAGGUGGAAGGGAGACUUGAGCGCGCUCAACAUGGACAGCAGCUACCUCGGCAGAAAAGACGAAGAGGACCUGGAUAAGUUUCUGGAUCUUGAAUUUAUUCUCAGUAACACCACCGUGUCCGACAGCGCGCAAGCAGCAGGGACCGGGGCAGAGUCCUAUCGGCUGCAGGAGUCCGGAGUGUAUCACCACCAGCAGCAGCAGCACAGCGGGAUGCCUCAGCAGUCGGACACUUACUCAUCCGUCCCCGACAUGAGCAGCCCUCCGCCGCCCUACAACAGCCUGAUGGCGGAGCUCCUCCGCUCCGACGUGGACCCCAGCUUCCUCCCCGGGAGCACUAGCAGCAUCCAGGGCAGAUUCCUCAUCAGCUCCGCACCUUUUCACACAUCUCAGGAUUUAUUCCCCGAGCACCCGAACAUUAAAGUGGAGCCCGCCUCCAUGGACACGUACGGACCCGUAAUGGGUCUGGUGCCUCAGAGCUGCGCCAAAGUCAAGCACGAGGGGAACGUGUCCUGUAUGAUGUCGUACGAGCAGCAGCCGCGGCUGGCCAACUCCCCGCAGGCCGCGGUGGGCAGCAUGACGCCGCCUCUCAGCCCGGACGACCUGAUGAGCUCCGAGUGUCACCAGAACCACAUGUGUAACUCCAGCUCGCUUACGUUCCCGCAGAGCUUCCACCCCCAGCACCGCUGCACGCCCGGGGGGUUCCCUCACCCGCAUACAGGGAUGCAGCUCCCGUUCGCCGGAGCGCACCACCAUCACCAGUUCCCCGGGAUGUUCGGGGAGGACGCAGCCAUAAGCCUGCUGCAGCAACAGCAGCAGCAGCCGGCGGCCGGUCAGCGGGUCCUCCUCACUCCACCCUCCUCCCCGCUAGAGAUGAUGGACACCAAACAAAAGAAGGGCCGCCGGUCCUGGCCGAGGAAGCGGACCGCGACGCACACCUGCACUUUCACCGGCUGCGCGAAGACCUACACCAAGAGCUCCCACCUGAAGGCGCAUCUCAGGACGCACACAGGAGAGAAACCAUACCACUGCAGCUGGGAGGGCUGCGGCUGGAAGUUUGCUCGUUCCGAUGAGCUCACACGUCACUUCCGGAAGCACACUGGACACCGGCCAUUCCAGUGUCACCUGUGUGAGCGAGCCUUCUCCCGGUCCGACCACCUUGCACUGCACAUGAAGAGACACAUGUGAGAGAGUAAAGACGACGCAGACAAGGACUUCUAUGCACCGCAUCAAAGAACUAUAAUAAUCCUGUGAUCAGCUGUAGGAUGGAAAUAUAUAGACACAAGUAUCAACUAUAGUGAUACCAUGACAACAUAAAGUGCCAUACAGUAUGAUGAUUGACCACACUGUAAUACCUAUAUUUAUAUUAUAGGAAUAUUACAGUGAUUUUUCCUGAGGCUAGAAGAGCUUCAACAUGAAGUGCCCUCAAAUGAUAUUUUGUGACAAGAUUUAUUUAAAUGUUAUUUUUGAGCAAAAUAACAACAAAAAACUAAUUUGACAAGUUGAUUUUGCUUUUUAA